GCAGUCGUCACCGGUGUGAGUACGGACUGUGGUCAUGACGUGCUCUCUGUCUGGGACUGAGACACAGCUGCUGAGCCAACACGUAAACCUCCCGCCGAGCCAAACACGACAUAUCCUUCCCGGUUAACAGACUUUUUUCUUUAAUCGGUUAUGAUGUGGUGGUGACCCUGGGGCAGCCAGGCCGUGAGAUGACUGCUGCUCGGCACAAAGGAAAGACGGAGCAGAGAGACUGAGAAAGAAGAAUGGGCAGGAGGGUCUGGGGUUGUUGGCAAGGUGUCCUCUCUACUGCGCUGCUCUACGGCUCUUUGGCUCUGUUUACCUCCAUCCUGCACAAUGUGUUCCUGCUCUACUAUGUGGAGACAUUUGUGUCCGUCUACAAGAUUGAUAAAAUCUCCUUCUGGGUGGGAGAGACCGUGUUCCUUAUCUGGAACAGCCUGAAUGACCCUCUCUUCGGCUGGCUGAGUGACCGCACCUUUCUCAGCUCUCCUCAAGCCGGCUCUCAGAUCACAAAUCCAGAGGUGGUGCUGAAGCGCCUGAAGGCCCUCUCCACAAAUGGCCCUCUCUUCGCUCUGUCCUUCCUGGCCUUCUGGGUGGCGUGGGCCAGGCCGGGCCUGCAGUUCCUGCUGUGCCUGUGUCUGUACGACGGCUUUCUCACUAUGGUGGACCUCCACCACAGCGCCCUGCUGGCGGACCUCGCUGUGUCUGCCACCGAUCGCACACGCCUCAACUUUCACUGCUCGGUGUUCAGUGCUCUGGGGUCUUUCUCCGUCUUUCUGUCCUAUUCCUUCUGGGAUAAAGAGGAUUUUUACUCCUUCCGUCUCUUUUGUGUGAUUUUGGCAGCUUUUUCCAUCAUGGGGUUUUUCUUAGUGUCUCAAAUGCUGCAGCGCCGUUUCAGAAAGGAGGUCCGUCCAAAACAAGACGAGGCAUCAGCGCUUAAAGAGUUGAGUGUUGGCCACGCUCCACUUACCCACCCAGAAAAACCUGUCACUAUUGGACAGUAUCUCAAGCAGCUCUCCCGACACAAGAACUUCAUGUGGUUUGUGUCAAUGAACCUGAUUCAGGUGUUUCACUGCCACUUCAACAGCAACUUCUUCCCUCUAUUCCUGGAACAUCUCUUAUCUGACAGCAUCUCUGCCUCUACAGGUUCAAUUUUACUUGGGAUCUCUUAUAUCGCCCCACACCUGAACAACUUGUAUUUCCUGACACUCUGCCAGCGUUAUGGGGUUUACCAGGUUAUCCGCUGGUUAUUUAUGCUCAAACUGGGACUUAGUGUGGCUAUGCUGCUAGCAGGGGCUGACCACAUUUAUCUGCUGUGCGUCUUCAUUGCUAGUAACCGUGUUUUUACCGAGGGGACCUGCAAGCUCCUGAAACUGGUGAUUUCUGAUCUGGUGGAUGAAGACUUUGUAGUAAACCGGCGUCAGCAGGCCGCCUCUGCGCUCCUCUUCGGGAUGGUUGCCUUGUUGACCAAACCCGGGCAGACAUUUGCCCCCCUCAUUGGCACGUGGCUGCUCUGCGUUUACACAGGUUAUGAUAUUUUUGAGAGAGAUUCUGUGAAGGACUCAGUUUCUGGGUCUCACGUUGCCUCCAGCUCAGGGAAUCCGCCUCUACGCCUGGGCUGCUUCUACCUGUUGGUGUUCGUGCCUAUCACCUGUGCCCUGCUGCAGCUGGUCACCUGGUCUCGCUUCACACUCCACGGCCGCAAGCUGCAAGGGAUCAAAGCCCUGAGGCAGGGGGCCCAACAAGGCCAUCUUAUUGAUGUCAAGGCCAUAUGAACUGUUGGGUGAAGCUGCACAUGGACACUUUAAAAUAAGUCCAUUUUUACAGUCUCUUUUGAUAAUGUCUUAGAAGACGAUGAUGAGCUGCUCCGCCCUUUUUCUGCAGCUCGGCCUUCUGUGCAAUAAACAGUUGCAGAUCGUGUGGCUUUGUGUACAGUGGAAAAUGCACAGUGGGCUCACUAAUCCAUGUGGAAAGAACAUGUUGAAAUAAUGAAAUUUGCCUUAUUUUUCUAUUAAAAAAUGAAACUAUAUUUAUAUUUGAACCGAUGACCAAAACAAAGAGUAAAACAGAUCAGUCUUUUGGACCAAGGGGAGAGCUUUUCAUGGUGUGGGCUCAAAGGUCGGGUGUCCUCUCUUAAAGUGUAGUUGUGGUGUCGAGUACAUCCUGAAUGUCCUUCCUGUAAACUGUCAGCACCAUCAGCCUGUGUGGAAAAACCAGGAGGGCACGUUUACAGCAGAGCGCCGCUUCUGAUUUCUAACUUUUAUUAACAAGAAGAUGAAGAAUUGAAAAUGUAACUGCAUUGUGUUUGAGAGUGCUGUGGAUACUGCAUGAAAACACGAGCUGGUUAUUUUACUGUGUGUCUUCAGUUCCACUCAGAAUGAAUGCCCUGCCACUUUGAUGUUGAGAACUGUACUUUGUAAUAUGUCAGUAUUGAUGAUGCUUUUGCACAAAACUGCCAUUUGUCUGUCGUCCUUCUAACGUUUUACUUUUGGUCGUGUAGUGAUGAAAACUGAAAUUAGGAAACGAUGCCAGUUGUUUUUUCAGAUGAUUACAAUGAAUGUGAGACCGUGCCACAAAUAAACCAGAGUUAACCAAACUCUUUAUUUCAA